AUGGCACUAAGCCUACUUCUUCAAUUGUUCAUAUUCUACUCAAUCCUAUACUUAUCCAAUAGUCAAGGUCAAUUCUAUGAGGUAAAACCUCACGAUAUAUCAGCUGCAAUUGGCUCAAAUAUUACGAUUCCAUGUGUUAUUGCACCACCACAUGGUGAUGUUCAAUGGACUAAAGAUGGACUUGCAUUGGGGUAUGAUCGACAACUUCCUGCAUUCCCAAGUUGGUCUAUAAUUGGAGAUGAAAAUCGUGGAGAAUUCAAUUUUUUUAUUGAAUCAUUAAAAUUAGAUGAUGAAGGAGUAUUUGCUUGUGAAGUAUCACCCUAUAAUGAUGCACCAGCAUUAAAACAAAUAGCACAUGUAAGAACUCUUGUUCGUCCAGAACGUAUACAAAUAAAUGAUCGACCACCAUCAAAUAAAACUACUGUUGUAACAAUGAGAUAUGAUGAAACAAUUCAUCAAAUAAAUUGUCGUGUUGAUGGUGCAAGACCAGCUGCACAAAUUAAAUGGAUUAAUGGAAGUGGCCAAGAAUUUCCAGCUACAAUAAGAACAUUUACUCAAGGUCGACUUUUUUCAACUGUUAGUACUCUUGCAUUAGUUCCAUCAUUAUCUUUACAUAAAAAUCGUUUUACAUGUGAUGUUCGUCAUGAAACAAUUAAUAAUGAUACAGAUAAACUUCAAACAUCAUUUGAUAUUGAAAUAACUUCUCCACCAAGUAUACCAACUAUUCGUGGUUAUCCAUCAACAUAUUUUUUAAUCAAUGGAUCACGUUUAACAUUAUCAUGUCAAACACGUGAUGGAAAUCCUUUAGGAAGACUUUCAUGGCAUAGAUAUGAUAGUGGUAGUGAUACAUCAAAAUUAAUUGAUAAUUCAUUUGUUAUACUUAAUCAACAAAAUGCAACUGAAAAUAAUAUAACAAUGAUUAUUUCACCAUCAGAUAAUAAUGCAACACUUUCCUGCAAUGUUAUUAAUGCUUAUCUUUAUUCAUUAGGACAAAAACUACAAACAAAUCUUACAUUACAAGUUGCUUUUGGUCCAUCUUCAGUACAAAUUCGUGGUAAUACACCUAAUACAAAUACGAGUGUAACAACAUUAACGGAAGGAACUACUCGACAAUUUACAUGUCGAACAACAACAUCAAAUCCACGACCUAUUGUCGUUUGGAAAUUAGAUGGACAAAUUUUAAUGGGUGAUGUCGAUCCUUUAGAAGAACGUGGAGAUUAUACUGGAAAAAUAAUACAAUUAGUUAAAACAAUUGGUUUAGAUAAACCAUUAAGAGAAUAUCAUAGGAAAAUUCUUUCAUGUGAAGGAAGAAAUCCUGAAACAGGACAAGUUGUUGUUGAUGCAACACGAUUAAAUAUUAUAUAUGAUGCAACAAGUAUUGAAAUGCAUGGAGUAACAAAAGAGAAAAUAAUUAAAGCUGGUGAUAAAAUUACUGCUGAAUGUAUUCUUACUGGAGGAAAUCCAUUAGGAAAAAUAACAUGGUUUAAAGGUGAUGAAUUACUUCGUUCAGAAUAUGUAAGUGAAACAAAUGGAAAAUAUGCAUUAAGUCGUGUAGAAUUUAUUGCAUCAUCAUCAGAUAAUAAUCUUCCAUUGAUAUGUAAAGGACAAGUGGAAACUUUUCCAGAACGUACUGCUUCAUUUUCAUUAAAUGUUGUUUUCCUUCCAACUGAAAUGAAAAUAAUUGAUAGUACAAUUUUAUCAAAUUUAACUGUCGGUAAUGAUAGUUUAGGUGAAUUUGAAUGUCGAACAUCAAUAUCAAAUCCACAAGCAACAUUGAGUAUAAUUCGACAAUCGAAUGAUGGUAUAAAACAUUCAGAUAUUCAAUAUAAAACAUCGAGUACUUAUCUUAAUGGAAUGAAUUCAAUUAAAUUUAUGUUACCACAAAUUGAUCUAUCUUUACAUGGAAAUCUAUUAACAUGUGAAGCAACCUUAGAUAUUGAUACAUCACCAUUAACUAAACAAGUUACAUAUGUACUCAAUGUUAAUCAUAAACCACAUUUUCAUGAUUUUGAUGCAUUCGCUGAUGUGAAAGAAAAUCAAUCGUUUAAUAUAACACUUGAAGCAAGUGCUUAUCCAAUGCCAAUUGCUUAUACAUGGUUUCAUCCAUCAGGUCGACAAUUAUUUAAUGAUCAAUCAAAAAUAUUUAUUAAUCAAGGACAAUUAUCAUUAAUAAGUGUACAAAAAUCUGAUUUAGGGGUUUAUCGAUGUGUAGCUACAAAUACAUAUGGUUCAGCUGAAGUUAAUUUUACAUUAAAUGUUCUCUAUGGACCAGUCAUAACUCGAACUCGAGGUUAUUCCGUAUCAGAAGCAGCAAUGCCAGGCACUUCUGUAACACUUUUAUGUGGUAUUGAUGCUAAUCCAGUUGAAUUAAAUAAUGUAAAAUGGUUUAAAAAUAAUGAAUCAUUAUCUUCAAUAACCAAUGGUGUUCAAUGGGAAAAACGGAUAGAAGGAAAUGAAGUAUCAUUAAUUGGAAAAUCUAUUCGUCGAGAUGAUGCAGGACAGUAUGCAUGUGAAAUAAGUAAUCUAUACGAAAAUAGUCGUGCAACCAUACCAUUAGUUAUUCAAUAUGCACCGGAAAUUGAUCGAAGUGAUCCAAGUAGAAAUAAAGCAGCAGCUGAUUCUGAUCGUUUACUUACAGCUGAAUUACAUUGUUAUAUAUCUUCUGUACCAAGACCAACUGUAACAUGGCUGAAGAAUAAUGAAGUAUUAUCAUCAUCAUCAAAAUAUCGAUCAGUACUUAAUGAAAGAACUGAUUCAUCUUCAUCAUUUUCUCCAAAUCUUCUAUUCGAUGCUGUACUUUAUGUAUCCAAUAUUACUAAAUCUGAUCAUGGUGUAUAUCAAUGUAAAGUAGAAAAUUCAUUAGGUACUGAAACAACAGAUAUAACUUUAACUGGAUUAACUAUACCUGAUGCUCCAAAUCAAGUUCGUGUGACGAAUACAUCUCAUUCAUCAUUAUUAAUUAGUUGGAUGCCAGGUUUUGAUGGUGGUGCACGUCAAACAUUUCAAAUACGUUAUCGUCUUUCAUCUGAUACUCGUUAUUCAUAUGAAGAUGUACCAUUUGGUGAACAUAAAUUUGAUUUAAAACAUUUAUUAUUAGCUAGUGAAUAUUAUAUUAGUAUACGUUCAAAUAAUUCACAUCAUUUAAGUAUAUGGACAGAUGAAAUUCUAGCAUCAACAUCACGUUAUUUACCCUCAUCACCAUUUUAUUCAUUUUCAAGUCCAGGUUCAUCAACAAGAUUUUCUUUAACUGUUAUUGUUAUUGUUGCUGUAUUUGGUUUAUUUAUUUUAUUAAUUAAUAUUGUACUUAUUUCAUUAUUUAUAAUGAAACGUCGACGAACAAAUGUAAAUAGUGAUAAUUCAUCAACAACAGGAACAAAUGAAACAGAAGCGAAUACAGUUGAUAUAUUUCAACCAAUUCCAUCAAAUUUAUUUUUUGAUCGUCCAUAUUCAUCAACAACAAAUGCUUAUCCAUUUAAUACUUAUCAAAGAUAUGAAGAUGAUGAUGCGAAACGACCAUUUGUCCCUUCAUAUUCAUCAGCAACAUUAACUCGACUUGCUCAUAAUCAUAAUCGAUUAUGGCCACAAGAAGAUGUUUCCUCUUAUUUGGCAUUGGAUACGAGUGUUAGAACAAAAGCUUGUUCUCCGUAUGCUGCCGUUAAGAAAGGUCGAUUUUCUCCAUAUGACAAUGUUCGAUUACAUCCUUAUUCUCCAUCAAAUCUUGAUAGUAGUCUUGUAACAUAUAGAAGUUUUAAAGAUGGUAUUGGUAGUUCAUCUAUUACACAUGAUUGUAUAAGAGCUGAACUUGUUUAA